AUGACGCCCGACAGCUCCGGAGACGCGUGGGCGGUGCGCUGCAGGGGAGCCGGCCUCGUGCUCCUGAAAUACGACGGUGGUGCUCAUUACCAGUCUGGAGUGGCGUUCCUGGGGCCCAGUUCCUGUCGUGGUCCCUUACCGGGGAGUCUCCCUCAAACGGCCUCAAGGAGGGGGUGUCCAGGGAGCGGCCCGGGUCACCGGGGACGGCCACGUGGAGUACACGCCGCUCGAGGGCUUUCGGCGCCUGUGGGGGUACCCCCUGGUGGGCCUGGUCCGGACCAGCGAGUUUGUCCUCACGGGCCAGCAGGUGACCGUGGCAGGGGCGGUGGUCGCCUGUUACUUCAACAGCACGCGUACGCCGCCGCCGCCAUCAACGGGACGGAUCUCGGCACGUCGGCCGGAGACGCCUGUGGGCUCCUGUCCCAGAGGGCGCGUCGCCUCGCGGCUGUCAGCUGCUUUGGAGACUUCGUCGUCUUUCUAGGAAAGGUGCUGGUGGCGAGCUUCACCGUCCUCGGGGGCUGACGGCGUUCAACCACUGCCACACGCUGCCGCUGUGGGCGGCGCCCUGCCCCUGGCCGCCCUCCUCGCCCCCCUCGUGGCGCACGGCGUCCUGUGUCCGCGGCCAUGCUGGACGCGCUCCUCCUGUGCGUCGCCAUCGACCUGGAAACCGACGACGGCUCCCCCGGAAAGCCCCACUUUACGGACCGAGAGCUGCUGAGUUUCGUGAGACGGAUCGACAGCUUACACGGCGGGAGCCCCGCGCGGGGCGAGGAAGGGACGGAGCUGCGGCCCCUCGGGCGGUAGGGCCUCUGGGCGUCCGCGCCGGGAGGGCCCCCUCCGUCUGCGGGCCGCUCACGGAACACAGCCAGGGCCCGCAGACCUGCCCCCCGCCGCGUGGUCCUGCCAGUCCGGCCGCCUCCCAACCAGUGCUGCCACCAGAACAGUGCUGGCACCGCCUCUGUGCUUACCGCAACGGGAAACCUUUCAACAGCGUGUUCACGUGCGUCGGUGCAAAGGCACACCGUUCACACACACUCGCUCCAGGGCACACCCUCACUCGCCUCCGUGAGCAGCCCCAGCAGAGAUCUUCGGAAUGUGCCCCCCGCACCCGCCCCCCCACAGCAGGGCGUCCCAGC